UCCAAAUGGAAUGUUGUAAGAGAGUUGGAGUUGAAGGUGGCAAGCUUCAGCUAGAUUCCUUUGGAAUUGAACUCGAGAUCCCUUUCGGUGCAAUUGACAGCGAAGUGCCGCAGGACAUUUCUCUUCGUGUCCUGACAGAUACUCCUAAUCUUGGCAACAGCACCGAAGAGAUGUCAGUCUGCUUUGGUGUACAGUGUUUAGCCCCUGAUGACUUAGUGCUUAAGUUACCGGUGACUUACACAAUACCUCACUGUGCUGUGAUUACCGGUACACGAUACUCCAGUGUGGAGGCAGUCUUGUACACGGGAGUGGGAGAAUACUCACCCGAUGCAGUUGUUAAAGAACCAAGUAUUUUGUCGACGUCUGGAAUACCUAGCUGCACCAUCACGAAAGAUGUACUCAAACUGAAGAUGAAUCACUUUUCAUGGGAGAAAAUAAUGUUGAGGAUCAAGAAUGCCUUCUUCCUAGAAAAGAGGAUGUGCUGCUGGCCGUUUAAAAAAAAGAACUUAGCCCUACAAAAGACACCUGUCAUCUUACAUGCACACCUCUAUGACGACAUCAAAGGGAAUAGCGAGCUGGUAAAGAGCCAAGAAGCGGAUCACGAAUUCGUACCUGCUCAUAUGGAACUAAAGGUCCUUAUUCAGACAGCAGACGUUGAUCUCAAAAUGACCUGUUCCGUAAACGAUACAGUAAUUGGAGGACCUGCUGAUGUCCCCUUUGAUAUACUAAGGAGUGGAACCGGUAUCUGUCAGCCCUUUCAGUUGGACUUCACCAACCAGCCAGACAUUGUUGCAGUGUUACUGAAAGUAGGACAAAUUGAGGACCAUCAGGUCAAAUUCUUAUUUGAGUUGGAUUUCUCAACUCCUCACACAGCAAAGGGAGUUUCUCCAAAAGAUCAAGAACAACCGCAAGGUGCAUCCUGCUCACACAAACGGCGAACAUCAGAUCCAAGUACCGGUGAAACUGUGGACUUCCGCCACCACAACGCCGCCUACGUCGGGAACACACGCAGUCUACAACGCACCCCACUCAUGGAUUCAAAGCACCCCCAAGUCCGCAACCCUGAGACUCCAGCCCAGACGGACAAGCAGACCACCCAAGUCUACACCCUGGUGACUCAAGCCCAAAAUGGUUAUAGUACCCCCACGUUCGCACCCUGGCGACCUAAGGUCACGCACGCCAGCUAUCCCCACUCCUGA